AUGGCCACCGUCCAAUCUUCCUCUUCCUCUUUGAACGCCAAAGAAGUGACCGUGACUUCCGGACCGGACGUCGAGUCUCAACAAAGCCACAGCCACCCUUCACACUGGUUCCUAGUUCGCCGCCCAGACGGUGUCACCGAUGCGGUCCUCAACUACCAGUACCCUGGCGAAGGGACAUCCGAGUCGCCAUACGUCGUCGACUUCCUCCCUGACGACGGGAGCAACCCCAUGCAGUACUCGCCGAUCAAGAAAUGGACCGUGAUGAUGCUCAUGGCGUUUGCCACGCUGGCGGUAACGUUCGCCAGUAGCGCAUACUCGGGCGGCGUCUUUGCGAUUAUAGAGUACUUCCAGGUGUCGACAAUUGUGGCUGUCUUGGGGAUUUCGUUAUAUGUGCUCGGCUUUGCCAUCGGGCCGUUGCUAUGGGCGCCUCUUAGUGAAUUCAAUGGACGGCAAAUCGUGUUCAUCCCCACCUACUUUUUCCUUGUCGCCUUUGGCGCCGGCGCUGCGGGCGCCCAGAACAUCCAGACGCUUAUCAUCCUCCGAUUCUUCGCCGGCGCGUUCGGCGCAUCACCUCUGACCAACGCCGGUGGUGUCAUUGCGGAUAUGUUUAGUGCCAAGGAACGAGGCCUUGCAACGAGCAUCUUUGCGAUGGCCCCCUUUCUUGGCCCAACAAUUGGCCCGAUCGCUGGUGGCUUCCUUGGCGAGUAUGCUGGCUGGCGCUGGAUCGAAGGCCUCAUCACCAUAUUCACCGGCGUUCUCUGGAUCGUGUGCUCGCUAUUCGUCCCUGAGACGUAUGCGCCGGUCCUCCUGCGGCGCCGAGCGGCUAAGCUGUCUGAGCUGACGGGCAAAGUGUACACGUCUAAGAUGGACCUCACCGUCACCGCGACACGAUCCGAACAGAUCAAGAAGACGCUUAUUCGGCCGUGGGUCCUCCUCUUCAGGGAGCCCAUCGUGAUGCUCACCAGCAUUUACCUCGCCAUCGUGUAUGGCACACUCUACCUCCUCUUCGCCGCGUUCCCAAUUGUCUUCCAGGUCAGCCGUGGCUGGAGCGCCGGCAUUGGCGGGUUGGCUUUCAUCGGUGUUGCCAUCGGGUCGGUUAUUGCCGUGGUGGCGUCCGCCUGGGAUAACAAACGGUACGCGCGCGUCGCGGCCGCAUCGCCCAACGGCCUCCCGCCCGCUGAGGCCCGCCUCCCGAUGGCCAUCGUUGGAUCUGUCCUGCUUCCGGUCGGCCUGUUCUGGUUUGCGUGGACCAACGGACCUGAGGUCCACUAUGUGGUGCCCAUCAUUGCGUCCGUCGUCUUCUCCACCGGCCUGGUCUCUGUCUUCCUCUCGCUGCUGGGUUACCUCAUUGACAGCUACACCGUCUAUGCCGCAUCCGUGCUCGCCGCCAACUCGGUGCUGCGCUCGCUUUUCGGGGCCGCCUUCCCCCUCUUCACGAGUUACAUGUACCAGAACCUUGGCAUCCACUGGGCCAGUAGCGUCCCGGCAUUCCUUGCUCUGGCGUGCAUGCCGUUCCCGUGGUUGUUUUGGAGGUAUGGUGCGCGCAUCCGGCAGAGUUGCAAGUAUGCUGCUGAGGCCGCGGCUAUCCUGCUGAAGAUGAUGACACAGCAGGCGCACGGCCAAGGGCAGCCAUCGACGACGCCGGCGGUUGGGAGCGGAGAGCCUGAGAGGCUUGGUGUGUUGAGCGAGGACGAGGGGACGGUGGUGGAUGAAAGUGACGAGACGAAGGAGAAAUCAAGCUGA